AUGGAUACGGUUUUCCGGUGUCCCAAGAGCUGGACAUGGCAGGUUGACGAGCUGAUCAAGCUGGCAUCGGCCCCACUGCAGGGUGAAUGCUACCUGGGCAUCGUGGCCCUUGGGUUUUUCGUCUUCCACUUCAUGGAUCCCGCCGAGAGGCAGAAUUUGAUCCGAACGUCGGUGUUUGGCGGCGUCACGUUCCAGAAAGCAGUGCCAUUGUCGUACUGGGACGCCUCGCACUGA